AUGACGGCCGGAACGGUUGAUAUUAGCUCAGUCGUUGGUGAAACUGAAGAUGAAUUAGUCCAGAAACUGGAAGAAUUAAACAGGUGCCUAAGUGCAGAUUCUAAAGCUGUUAUAUCGUGUUCUUCAAGUGACAAACCCUGUCGCUCCGCUUCAAAGACUAGUUUGACGUCAUCUCUCUCAGAUGGCAGUUUUUUAAGCACCCCAUGUCACGAUGGUGGAAGUACCAGCAAUCUCUCUGGCUGUUCUGAGAAGAAGCACACCAGAUGGGCUUCCUUCUCCAACGCCUUUCCCAGUUUCCUCAACACCGGUUCAAAUUCUGUCCCACCAUCUACGAUGUCUCUUUGCCAACAAUGGAACACCGUUAUCAGUAACUGGGAUCAAUAUUCCAAAAAGAAGUCAUUUAUUAUAGAUUUAAUCCGCAUGGGUAUUCCUGACCAGUUUCGUUCUACGAUCUGGCAACUCCAAACCGGGGCAUAUGAUUCCUUACUGAAACAGGCCUACCACAAGUACCUGCGUGAUGUCUCGCCCUAUGAACGUGCCAUCAAACGUGACAUUUCUCGAACAUACCCUAAACACGACUUCUUCAAAGAUAAGUUCUUUGUUUGCCACGGGAACCGAGGCCCUUCCAUCGUCCCCUGGAUCCUCGGCUUGAUUGGUCGCGGAGAACGCGCGUCAAAUACGAAUGCUUGGGGUUUUCCUUUGAGCUAUUGGGGUCUGAUCACUCUCUCGGCUCCCAGUCGAUGCCUUUCAUCGUUACUAACGGACUUCGUGACCCACCAAUGCGGUGUUUUCCUGCAACCGUGGUCAUCUGUUGCCUCGCGUGCGCACUCUUUCCACUUGUCUUGUGAUUUGGGAAGUGGCGGUCAACAGAGCCUAUUCAACGUGAUGAAGGCGUACUCUCUGCACGACCGUGAGGUCGGCUACUGCCAGGGCUCCGGGUUCAUAGUGGGUCUUCUCCUGAUGCAGGUAGGUCGUGUCUAUCAGCCAGAAGUGCUCAUCUCCAAUUUGGAGCUGUGCUAUGCAAGUCUUUGA